UGUGAAGAGAUGUACUAUUACGUGUGCUCCAAGCGAAAGCCAAGUCAGCCCCACCCCCUACCUCACGCUCUCUCUCUCUCUCUCUCUCUCUCGUCCCUGAAACUUCUCCAAAGUGCAUGAAUUUCUGGCACAGAUGCGAGGUAGUUAAGCCCGAAAUACUGUCGUCAGGACGAAACGAAAAAAGGGAGGCUAUUUGGCGUUGGUUUAUGAUUGUGAAUAGUUUGGUAGAUAGAUAGAGUUGGGUUUGUUUUGGCUUGGUUGGAAUUGGUGCUUUUCAGCCUUUGAGGUGGGAGUGAAUGGGUGGUGGAGUGGGUUAGGGUUAUUGCGUGAGCUGUUGGUGGAUGAGUUAAGCUGAGAAAAAUGCGCAAGUCUUUCAAGGAUUCCCUCAAGGCCCUCGAAGCUGAUAUUCAGUUUGCCAAUACCCUAGCUUCUGAAUAUCCGAGGGAAUACGACGGUGCCUGUCUUCAGAUGAGAUUAUCCUACUGUCCAGCUGCUCAUUUUUUACUCUUUCUUGUUCAGUGGACUGAUUGUCACCUUGCGGGUGCCUUGGGUUUGCUUAGAAUUCUCAUAUACAAAGCAUAUGAAGAUGGGAAGACAACCAUGUAUAUUCAUGAAAGGAAAGCCAGUCUAAAAGAUUUCUAUGGGGUAAUAUUUCCCUCUCUAUUGCAACUUCAAAGGGGAAUCACUGAUGUGGAAGAGAGGAAACAGAGAGAAAUCUGUGCCACCAAAUACAAGAGAAAAGAUGAAACGGACAAAGGCAAGCUCUCUGAAAUUGAUUUAGAGAGAGAAGAAGAAUGCAGUAUUUGCAUGGAGAUGAACAGCAAGGUUGUACUGCCGAUUUGCAACCAUUCAAUGUGUAUGAAGUGCUACCGAGUUUGGUAUGCUAUUUGUCACAAUUUACUGGCGUUUAUUAUAAUUUAUGUUUUCAAUCAUCUGCACUAUGUUAUUCCUAUGACAACAAUAGAAGAUCUUCUACUUAUUUAUGAGAUGGGAACCAAAAAACCAGACAUUUCAUUCAGUUUUCUUAACAGGAGAACGGCAAACAAACUUAAAACAAAUUAUUUGAGAAGUACUGGAUGCAAUUUUGUACCCAAGGCCUGUAGCCUUUCUUUUUGUUAUUGCUUACCAACGUUUGAGACAUGUUGUCGAGAAAGUGAGCAUAUCAUCAUGUACUCACUGACAAGUACAUGCACAGAAAGGAAUUCAAGACUGUAAGCAUAUGGAAGCAAAACUAUACUAAUUCUAACUCCCCAAAGCCCAACCCGUUUCUUUAGCACUGCUCUUACCGUAAUCUACUGACUGCAGUAACUCCUUGAUGUGCGAGUCAUUAACAAAGUGUACUACCAAAUUCACCAUCUCACUCUUUUCAAUUGCAACUUGCCUCCGUAGAUUUACCAUGUUGUUUUGCAUCCUCGUUCAAGGGCUUUAUGUUGCAGAAUCUACUUUAUCAUGUACAGUUUGCAUGGCUCUAUUAGUUGCUGUAUAUCAAACUUUUUAUCAGAUGCACCAUAUUUUGUCCAGUUUGAUGAUGGAACCUGUUCCAUUUGUGUUUAUUGGGGGGAGGAUUGUUGUCCCUUCGAAAAGACCUCCCAGAAAUCAUGGUUCGCAUUUUUAGGAUCUGUUAAAUGCUUUCCCCUGAGAAACAUUAUGCUAUCAGCUUGAGUAACAGGUAAGUCUGAUCAUUAGCAACUAGGAUAGGCAUUUCAGAUGACGAAUAUUAACAUAAGCCAUGAUGAAUUUAUCAAAAGACUUGAUUUUUGCAUUAUGUCAGAUCUACACAAUAGCAAUCCAAACCUACUUUCUUAAACUGAUCAUGUUGUUUUGUUGUUUCAUGGCUGCGAUAGGCGAGCACGAUCCGAGUCGUGCCCAUUUUGCCGGGAUAGUCUAAACAGACUUGACACGGAUGACCUUUGGAUCUACAUCAG